AAUCCUUUAUGGAGAAGUCCACAAAGUUUAUUUAAAAUAAACUGACAUGAGAUAUUGAUGAGACGACAAAAUGCAUUAGUUUUAAAAAUAAAUCACAACAGUGUCGGUAAACAGGCAGAAAUUCAAAUUUAUCAGAGCGAAAUCACUCCUUACUUGGAAAUACCAUACUGAAACUUGUCCAGAUUUGUGUUUACUUUUCAGAUCUUGAGACUUCUCUAUGCGCAUUUUAUUCUCUAUUUUCAUCCAGAAAUUAGAGGUGCAUUGUGGGGUAAUUAAGAAGUCCUUCAGAUACUGUAAGGAUAAAGUUGAAGUAGUUCCUGAUCACCUUGAUACUGUGUCCCUUCAAUACCUCUUUCUUCAGACUAGUAACUAGUUUCAAAUGAUUGGCAAGUAAAGUGACAAAAACACAUGUCAGAGACAUCAGCGAUAGCACUUGUAAACGUCCAAUUUAGAACGAUGCAUGCGAAAAAAAGACAGUGUUCGAUAACUUCAUUACACAGUCGUUAUCCAUCAUGAAUUACCUGAUUCUCUAAAGCAAGACGUUCUCCUGGUUUGAUCAAGUAUGCCCUUUUCCUCCAGAGAUGUUUGCACCAUCAGACAGGGAUUCAUAUCAAAUCAGAGCGUAUGUGCUCCAUUGUUGUUUCACUUGUAUUUAUAAGUGAUUGCUGAGUGACUACCUUGUAUCAUUUUUUUUUUUCAAUUAGUCGGUGAAAGAAUUAAGAACCCAACGAUUCUCGCGCUAAGGCGCAAGCUAACCAAAUAUACCGUCAAAUCCGUUGUGUUUUGCGGGUACCUUAUUGUUGGUGAGGUUUGCAAAGCACUCACAUGACUUGAGUGAACAAUCAAGAAGCGUAUUAAGUUCUGUUAAAAACGUCAAAUGGUAUGGUAGUUUUCAUUGUUGGACCUGGGCGACAGACACGUUUUAGUAGUUAAUUAUUCAUUGCCAAGCCAAAGAAGAAAAUCUCUGCAAAUAGAGUAUGACGUCAUUCCAUCAACAUCUCCAAGAACAAGGAACCCAAUGUUUCCUAGAUUUGUGCUGGUUAUAUGGCCGACCAGUGUUCUAUUGAAAGAGAAAUAAUUGUAUUUUCACUUUAAACUUCUGUUAAAGCUUAAUUACUGGGCAAGUUGACGAAAGCUACCAUGCUACUUAACUGAACGAUGACAGAAAACAAAAUUAUAUUUCUUCUGAGCGUGGUACUAUACAUUGCUGCUGGAACAUCCAUGACAACAGAUCAAAAUGGUAAUUCUACAACAGAGGUUGCACGACAAUUUAUUCUUCCUCCGAGGAUCCGGCAGAUGCCUUUAUCAGGCACAAUAUCGGACAACAAUCCAUCAGUGCUCGCCUAUAGUGGGCUCCCAGGAUCAAGUACUGAGGUAACUGCUCAACAGGUUGAGAAUCAAAUUGACCAGUUGAACAGGCUUAGCCAACAGCUUCGUGGAUUGCCCCAGUCGCCAUCAAUUCAGGAGACAACCAAAGGACCACAGAUACCGCUUUCCAACUAUGUCCCACAAAUCAGCAGAGAAACAGCCCAGAGUGGCCUAGGGAGACCACUGGAAGCUGUUCCGAAUUAUGUCAAAAAUGUUGCAAGAAACCCUUUAACAGGACCCAAUGGACUAACAAAGGAUGUUCUAUCAGACCUGAUGUUUGGCAAUCUCAAAAGUUUGGCAUCCAUGGGUGGCUUAAGCAGCGUCAACACUCCAGUGGAAGAGAACACAAUGUCAACACAAAUGUUUGGAAAUUCUGGAUUAAGUGCAUUUAAUAAUCCCCUACUUGAAGAAAAGUUGACACACUCGCAGCCAGGAAACCUAGGUAUGGGCCUACCCCUCCCACCAAAUGAAAAUAUGGAUUUUAAUGAUCUGCCUAUCAAUGAUUUCGACAACCUGAAAGAUUUAUCCUUUCUUCGAUCAAGACAUCACACUAAGAGUAAGCGAAAAAAGAAAAAUAAUAAAUCGGACGUUGUUACAAAGCUACUGUUAACGUUAUUGGUUGACAAGUUAAAAGACAUAUACGAAAUGGACAAAAUGAAUAGCACUCAACGAAAAACACUAAAAUUGGACUCAUCUACCAUAGGAAAAAUUGAAAGCACUUUGAAUGAACGUAGCAGUUCCGCUUCAAACAACAAAAGCCAUUCUGGAAAAUACGGUGAAAAAGAGGCCAAAAUAUCUGAACCUUUUGACACUAAUCUUUCCUUUCCACUGACGUUUUCUGACACGAAAGGGGCUCAGGAAUCGCUCGUCGACUCCCCGAAAAAAAGUGAUAAAGAAGGCAGUUCUUUACUGGAUGUCGACACAAAGAACAUCGAGAACAUAAUAAAAGGUAUUGAAAACGGCAGAACCGAUCCGAAGUCGACCUCAACCAAGGAAAACAGCAGAGUCAAUAUUGAAGGGCUCAACGCCGAUCCCGGAAACAGUCCGCUGGAAAUUUCCCAAAAAACAACGAAGACACUCAAUAAUGACGAUUUGAGGCUCGUUCAAACGGGCUCUGCCUCUGCGUUUCAUCGUGUGAAAAUAGAUCCAGUGGGUGUACUAGGAAAGAGUGCAACUAUUCCGAGCAUUUCGGACUAUCAUCCGACCAUAGAUGUACCAAAAAUAACCUCUUCUUCUGAAGGAAUGUUCGAAGUACACACCGACAAAGCUACAGUAUCAGCGUUACCUACGUUUUCUAUUUCAUCUCUGUUAAACCAAGAAAUCCCUGGAAAUGUUAAAGGUAGUGAUCGAGUUCUUAACACAAAUCUGGAAAAGGAAGUCAGCAAUGCUGGAAUGGAUGUGACUGACUCAACAUCGGCAAAACUACCAGUCACCAGUACAGCAAUGGAAGCUAAUCCAAAAGAUACAACAACAAGCACUGGUGAAACUGAUAGUACAAACUACCUCGAAGCUUCUAGAGUUCUUGGAGCGGUUUUCAACAAAGUGAAGGAUCCACUGGCAAGGAAAAGUGUCGAAGUUGCCAUCAAAGCUAUGCUGAAGUUAAUGAAGUCAGACAACACCUAUUCCAAAAAGCACUCGGUACCAUCAAUGAAGAGGUCAUGGGUGCUUCAGGAAAAGGUCAAAAAGCUGAUGAAAACAAUUCAUGAACUUUCCGAGACAGUCCAUCCUGUAGACGAGGAAGUUUCAAAUUCGAAGAAAAAGCAUUGGCAUGCCAAGAACAGGUUCUAUAAUAAACGUUUGUCGCAAAGACAUACAAUCCGUCACAGGCCACAUCACAAACGUCAUCAUCAUCAUAAUCAUAAUCAUCAUCAUCAUCAUAAAAGGACAUAUUCAAAGUAUUAGGGAAACUUUGCACUUUAUGUCAGGAGCAGUUUAAAAUGUUUUUUUAAAAUACACUUAAUGUUUAACUGCCGGCUUCAUCUAUAGUCAAGUUAAGGUGGCUGGUAACGAUUGACAGCACAAAAAGACACGAUCAACAGGUUACCAUAGCAAUCCUUUUUACUACUGAAUAUUCAUUAGCAUGUACGUUUAAACAGGAGAUUUUUCAUACUUUUAAAAUUAAAACAAUUAAAUGGAAGGAUUUCAGAGACGCGCUUAACCUUCGAAUAUUUAGUUGGCCGUUCAGCUAACAUCAACCCAUCAUAGACCAAGGCUGUAAAUCCUUACCAGCCUCUUUAAUCUAAUGAAAAUACAGGGAACAGAUUUACAUAUUUAUUUCAUCAACAUUUGAACAAGCCUUUGAUAUUUUUAAAUCAAUAUUUAUAUUAGUAGAGUUAAUGAAGAUGUACAUUGAAGAUAUUUUUAUGCUUUGUAUCCUUUAUUUAGAGACUGAACGUUUCUGGCGUUUUCUCUCUUAAAUAAAACUACCCAGUGUAAGAAAAACGGAGGCCAUUUAAAGCUAUCGGAAGCGACUAUGUACAUCAUCGUGAACGAGUUGUGUUGUCUAUCAAGACAAUGCAUUUCUAGCCUUCUGAACUGAUUCUCAGUUACCAGACAUCAUACCUGGGAAAAUGAGCGCGGUAAGUGUCGCUUAGUUCUUUUGGAGGUUAAGGAAAGUUCCGUCGGAAAAUCGCUUGAAUUAAAGAACAAGAGAUUUGGUGGA